CCCAACUCCCUCUGCUUUCUGUUCCAAGCAGAAUAGUUUUCUUCCACAUUACCACCAGUAAAGAGAAACAAAACCAAAAACAAAACAAACAAACAAACAAACAAAAAACAACAAACCAACACAACCCACCACCAAAAAAACUCUGUUCUCUUACGUGAGUUUCCAUCUGCAAUUAACUAGAGUCCUGCAAUCAAUUUGUGGCAUGAUUCACAAGAAGGAAUAGGUUUCAAUUCCUUCUCUUUGAGCUAUGUUGAUUCUGCAGGGAAAUAGGAGCAAACCAGCAUGUUAGUCACAUAAUCAUGAGACCUGGCCUAGAAUUCACAGUGAACACAUGAUGAGAAGUGAGCUACCUUUAAUAUAUCUUUGUUUUUCAUUAAAUUACUUGUUUUAAAUACGGCUUAGUAGAAGCAGUGGCUAAACGAGAUCAUUACUGGGCUUUAUAUAACAAAAAUCCUGCAAAAUAAUUUCACUGCAGUUUGUAACUUCAUCUUGUUUAUAUUGUAUGUACUCUUGGUUCCUACAGUUGUAUCAGAAAACUUUUUCCCUAAGUAUUCAUAAAAUAGCUGCAUUACCUUACAAAGAAAAGUAAUUAAGUGUAUUUAAAAAGAUUAUCAAUAUCUGUUACCUUCAGCACUGCCAAACUUUAAAAAAAAAAAAAAAAAGAAAAGAGCUGGCCUGCCAAAUCCCAAGGCUAAGUUUUAUUAAGUUGAUGAGUUUUGUCAUCUGAGGCUGCAGGACACAUUUAGGUCCUGUGUUCAGUCUUCUCACUGCAACUGGAAUGAGUUACGAACUUUUUCAGCUUUGGGUUCUUACCAAAAGCUGGUGUUUUUCUUAAUCCAUUUCUUAAAUAUGUUGAAGUUUUAAACAAAGCCAAGCGCGGUGUAACUCUACCAGGCGUAGUUAGGCGCACACCAGACGUCUGUGACAAAGUCACCUGCUGGAAACACUUAAGAAGUUUACUUAGCUGCACAGCCCGAAGGUGCUAAUAGCACGUCGCUACGUUUACUAAACUCGCUGGUUCACUACUGCUUUUGUUUUGGGGCUGUAGCUCACCCAACCCCAGCGCAGCCCGUCUUGUACCACCGCUUUCUAGUGCAGCAUGUCGGCAUUCCGCUAUGGACGGAGAGGAAACGAGCAUCUCUGCCGGGAGACUGAGAAAAGCCACCGGGGACGUCACUUCGCUGUUAGGCGAGUAGUUUUCCUUUCGGGGAUGCUCUCGGGACAACUAAAGCGUUACAACAACUCCUGCGGCGUUAGGUUUGGUUUGUUUCACAGCGGCGUUGGGUGGAAAUCACAACCCACCCCUCAGGGGCUCCGGAGAACUGUUGCCCGCGGGCCGCGCCUGCCUCGAAGGGCUCAGCCAGGGGAGCCGGGCGGGCUCCCCGCGAGCGGAGCCCCCUCAGCCGGCGCUGCCGCCGGGGUCCCGCCCUGGGGAAAGCGCCAGGCGAGCGGCGGCGUUUCCCGGGCUCUGCCCGAGGCCGGCUCGUCCCAGGCGCGGUCUCCCAACUUCUCGCCCGCCCUCGCCGCGCCGAUUCCCGGAGGCGGUGCCGUCCCCGCCGUUCCCGCCGCCCCUUCCCCCGCUCUCGGACGCCCGGAGUUUCCUUCCUCCGCUCCCUCCCGUGCGGAGCGGCCUUCCCCGCCCCCCCGGGCCCCCUCUUCCGGCCAUUGCCCGCGUUCCCUCCGCCCCGGUCACGCUCGGCCCCCGGUCGGGGAGCGCCCGGCCCCUCUGGGUUUUGUUCCCAACUCCGCCUCGGCCCUUCUCUCACCUCCCCUCGCUGGUCCCCUACCCAGCCCCUGCGUUAGCCGUCCCCUCCCCUCGGCCGCGUUCAUUUCAUACCAACUCUCAUUCCUCGCAUUCCUCACUUCCUCCUUUCAAACUCCAGGGGAAAUAAAAACCCUCCCUUUUCUUCCCAAACCCCUGCCCGACCGCGGCGGCUGCCGCCCCCUCCCCGCCACCGCCCGGGCUCGCCGUCCCGCCGCCCGCUCCGCGCUCUUCAGAAAGUCCUGGAGCAGAAGGAGGGUUUGAAGCCGGUCCCCGCUGCCCCCGCGGAACAACAGCCGCUCUUGCCUCGCUCAGGUUCUGAGUCCGCUUCUCCACGUGGCACCUUGGAGUUUCUAGCUGGCACCAUUACCUCCAAGGAGUGGAGUUCUCCCACCUCCCCUGAGGGGAGCAACGACUCGGGGGGCAGCGAGGCCUUGGACAAACCCAUUGACAAUGACGCUGAGGGUGUGUGGAGUCCGGACAUUGAGCAGAGCUUCCAGGAAGCGCUAGCCAUCUACCCACCAUGUGGACGGCGGAAGAUUAUCUUGUCAGACGAAGGCAAGAUGUAUGGCCGAAAUGAGCUGAUUGCCCGCUAUAUUAAGCUGAGAACAGGGAAAACACGCACAAGGAAACAGGUAUCUAGUCACAUCCAGGUCCUGGCAAGGCGGAAAGCUAGAGAGAUCCAAGCCAAGCUCAAGGAUCAGGCAGCUAAAGAUAAAGCCAUGCAGAGUAUGGCUACAAUGUCAUCUGCCCAGAUUAUCUCUGCAACUGCCUUCCAUAGUAAAAUGGCCUUGCCUGGUCUCCCACGACCAGCCUAUCCUGCAGUUUCUGGGUUUUGGCAAGGUGCUUUGCCAGGCCAAUCUGGAUCUUCCCAAGACAUGAAACCUUUUUCUCAACAACCGUAUGCUGUACAGCCUCUGCUGCCAUUACCAGGAUUUGAGUCUCCUGGUGCCUCGCCUUCCCCAUCAGCACCAGCUUGGCAAGGACGAAGGGUUGCUAGCUCCAAACUUUGGAUGUUAGAAUUCUCUGCAUUCUUGGAACAACAACAAGACCAAGACACAUAUAACAAACACCUGUUUGUGCACAUUGGGCGGUCAAGCCCCAGCUACAGUGACCCCUACCUCGAGGCGGUGGAUAUCCGGCAGAUCUAUGACAAGUUCCCUGAGAAAAAAGGGGGCCUGAAGGAGCUCUUUGAAAGGGGGCCAGCUAAUGCCUUCUUCCUUGUCAAAUUCUGGGCUGAUUUGAACACCAAUAUUGAAGAUGAAUCCAGAUCUUUCUAUGGCGUUUCCAGCCAAUAUGAGAGCCCAGAAAACAUGGUCAUUACCUGUUCCACCAAAGUGUGUUCCUUUGGAAAGCAGGUGGUAGAGAAAGUGGAGACAGAGUAUGCACAUUAUGAAAAUGGACACUAUUCCUAUCGCAUUCACCGUUCCCCUCUCUGCGAAUACAUGAUAAACUUCAUUCAUAAACUGAAACACCUUCCUGAGAAGUAUAUGAUGAACAGUGUGCUGGAAAACUUCACUAUCUUACAGGUUGUGACAAACAGGGACACACAAGAGACCUUGCUGUGCAUAGCAUAUGUUUUUGAGGUGUCAACUAGUGACCAUGGUGCCCAGCAUCACAUCUACCGGCUGGUGAAGGACUAGAGACUCUCUGCCCUGAGUUGUCCAUGGGAUGCAUGUCUAAGAAAAAAGCCUGUCCUUGAACAACCCUUUCCCCCUCAUACCAAACUGAAGAAUAAACUACAGAUAUUGUGUAUUUUCAGAAAA